UGCUAUGCACAAUGAAUGUUUCACUGCACAUUUCUUGUUUUUUUUCUGUCUUCAGCUUUUGAAGAGAUUACCCUUGUAGCAGCACAAGAACUUACCAACAUACUGAAGCAAGGCUACCUGGAGAAAAAACGUAAAGAUCAUAGUUUCUUCAGUUCAGAAUGGCAGAAGCGUUGGUGUGUGAUCAGCAACAACAUCUUUUAUUAUUUUGGGAAUGAGAAAGACAAACAGCAGAAAGGUGCAUUCUACCUCAAUAACUGCACUAUUCACCGAAAAGAUUCAAAAAAAUGUCAUGGCUUUGAGGUGAUCACUUCUCGCAAGCGGGCUUAUCAGUUUACAGCAGCCAAUCAAAAAGAGGCAAGUGACUGGGUCGAUCAGCUGACAUUUCUUCUGAAAGACAUGAAGUCCACUUGUAUUCCAUAUGAGGAAGAGGAUGAUGGUGAUAAUAACAAUACAGAGAGCAGUGCAGAAGCACAAGAAGAAAAUAUAAACGAAGAUGGGGACAGUGACACUUAUGAUGACAUAGAUACACCAAGCCAUGCCUCUUCACAAGCUCUUCCAAAAAUGGGGAAUACAGAAGAGAAAGUGGAAGAUGACCAUGAUGAUAGCAUUUAUGAAAUGAUGCCGGAAGAUGAUUUUACUCGGCAGCCCUCAGGAGAUGCAGGAGACAAUGAAAUAGGUAUAUCUUCAGGAACUCCAACAUUUGAUUAUGUGAACUGUUAUCAGGGACUAUGGGACUGCACUGGUGAGGGACAGGAUGAGCUCUCAUUUCAUCAAGGUGAAAUCAUUUACAUCCUGAGCAAGGAAUACAAUGUAUAUGGAUGGUGGGUUGGAGAACGGAAUGGUGUCGUAGGGAUUGUUCCCAAGGAUUAUCUCACCGCUGCUUAUGAAAUAUGAGUGAGGAUACAAGAACUCGACUCCUGAACCCUGACGCUUGUGUUUGCUGGAUAAUUAGAUGAGUGUUGCGGAUUCUUUUGACUAAAACAAGAGUACCACUGGACCAAAGACCUUCAAUGACUUCAUACAGUUCAUUUGAAAACAAAUGUAACCAAUUUCUGGACUUAACAGUCAUAAUGCACAAAUAUUAGUAUUUGGUCAGCUUUGUCCAACAGCAGAAGCUUCAUGUAUUGCGUAUGAUUGUAUAAAUGCUUAGAUAAGGUAGACAAUUUAACAAUAAGAUUGAUCUCAGUGUACCUUUUCUUAGAAAAUAAACUGACAUCACAUUUUAGCAUCAGAAUACAGGACACUGAUUCUGGUUAUUCAAAUAUACAAAAAGUGAAGUUACUAGUAGCUCAUGUCAUUGUCAUCAUUCUAUUAUAUUUUUUUUAUGCAGCCAUGUGUAACCAAUAUUAAACAAAUAAGUACAGAACAUUCAAUAAUGAAUACUAAGUUGUACCACUAGUAAAUAUUACAAGAAAUGAAAGUUAUGGUAAAAUGCCAAAGUCCAUGAAAUAUCAGGUUUGUAGUAUUCAGGCAUUUCAAAUUACAGAUGGGAAAUCAGAAUUCAUAGAUUUCAUACUUUAAAUUUACUAUUAAAUGAGAAUGUUUGCUUUUCCUACCUAUCUAGUUGAAAGAAGGCAUAUCUUGGCAUGCAUAUACAAAUGUGUUGCUUUAAUAAAUCAUGUCUCAUCCUGUCAUUCUUUAGUAUCUCCAUUUCACAAAUUCAGGUAUUGUGGACUUGCAGCUGUAAGACUGUUUACCCAAGAACACCCUUGAGACAGAAAUAAAAAUUCAGCUCUCUUCUCAGAAUCAAAAGAGAAUUUGACUGGCAAGAAGAAAUAAAAUGUCCCCAACUUUUCAUAACUCUGCUUGCAAUCACUGCUUGUUUUCUAGUGCAGAAGCAGAUGUUGCACAUAAUCAGGAUGAAAGUGAAAUGGCCACCAUUCUGGGUAUAUAUUGCUGACAUAUGGAAAAACACAUGCCAUUUUGUAUAGUGACAAGAUGCAUGCUGAGAAAUGUUUAAGGUAAUUAUACUCUUCAUAAACAUUUUGCCCCCACCGUAUUGUUCAUUACAUAUUCUUUGCAGAAUGAGGUUGCAAAGAGGGAAGGUAUAAAAUAAGUUGAAGGUAGAGGUGUGGGAAGUUUUUAUAUAGUGACAACAAUUUUUAUGCCAUCUAAGGUAAUUGGCAUUAAAUAAAUUGAAGAGAUUCAGUUCAAGUGUUUAAUGAUGUUGCUUUUAAUUAAAAUAAAACUGUAAAAAAUAGCAAUCAAAUGAAUAAAUGCAUCUGCUAUUUUGUUUCCUACUGUGCCAAAAUGUUUUGUGCAAAGCUAUUUGAAAACAAUUAAAUCUGAAUUUUA